CACAACAGGACUGUCAAAGGUCCACUGUGUUAUCACCAUAGGAAAGUGUCUAGCAAGGAGAGGAUCUGCCUUAACACCGAGUUAUCUUUGACUCGACGUCAUAUGUUCUCGGACCGAGACCCACACCGAGCGGACCGGCGCUCCCGGACACUCCGCUGUCUUAAUUGGAAUCUCACCUUAAGCCCGAAAAGGCACCGCCCUAUCGAGAAUAUGAAAAUGGCCACCGAAUUUACUAUCGCCAAUUCUGAAUGUCGGAUUUCUGAGUAGAAUUCCAGAAGAAAAGAAUCGUUCUAGUGUCCCUUGCCCCUGGGACUAGUGCAGUGAAAUACAUCAUUUAUUGUUCAUAGCGAAAAAAAAAAACAUGAGUCGUGAUGGGAAACCCACAGAGUCUCGGCGGCUUCGUGGUGGUAUAGUGGACCGGAAUCACGACUCCACACCUCGCAACGACCAAACAUGCACGGAAACAGACAACGUGCGAUGAUAAGACAAGUGGGAAGACGAGACAAUCGAUGUCAUCAUACUGGGCCAGACGAAAUGAUGCUCCAAAACUCUUUUAUAUCUCUUAUCUCUCCCUCUGAGUCAACCUCCCCUCUAACAGCACGCUCUCUCCUUAUCACACCUAUCCAUCAUGUCUAAUUAUAUCCCAUCUUUCUCUGCGCCUAACUCAAGGCCCGGGUCCCCUCUACCUCUGGGGUCACCGUCUGCUUCAAGACCUACGAGCUUCUACGCCAAUUCUAGAGCGAAUUCGUUCGUGGGCACGAGACGAAACUCUGCUGUUCCUGCGACCUCGAGAAAGAACUCUGUUGCUGCUCCUUCGAGGAAGAAUUCUACUGCUCCCCCUUCAAGAAGAAACAGUGAGGAUAAGGGUGCUUCGGAUCCUGAGUCUACAGACCUUGAGGUUCUGAAGAAUGAAAAGGGUGAACCCCUUGCUGGACGUAUCGUUGGUGGCAAAUAUGUCGAUCCAAGCAAUGAGUCCAUCGACCCUGAGUUUGGGGCUAUCAAGACUGUUGAUAUUGAUAUGCCUCUUACCCUGACGGAACUUGUUAAUGAGAAGGGCAAGGAAUAUAUCGUGCUUGGGUUUGCGACUGGCGAUAAGGAGAAUCCUUUUAACUGGAAUCCUUGGUAUAAGCGAUCUAUCUCGACUAUUCUCAACUUGAUGACCUUGUUCAUCGGUCUUGCUACUACGGCCUACAGCUCAGGUAUUGCAAGUAUGUGCAAGGAUCUCGAUGCUCCUAACAUCAAGGGUCAAUUGGGUCUUUUCACUUUCAACAUCAGCUGUGCUGUCGCACCCAUGGUGCUAGCUCCCUUCUGUGAGUUGGUCGGUCGCAAGGUCGUCUAUGCCAGUUCAUUCCUGUGCUUCUCACUCCUCUUCAUCGGUCUCGCUCUCGCCAAGGACAUCGACACCAUCAUUGGCCUUCGACUCCUCCUCGGUCUUUUCGGCUGCGUCGGUACUAUUCUUGUCGGCGGUACCUUCGAUGAUAUGUACGAGCCUCACCACCGAAGUCGACCUAUGGCUAUGUUCAGCUGGGUCGCUAUUUUCGGAACUGUCGCCGCUCCCAUCUACGCUGGUUUCAUUGACCAGGCUAUUGGAUGGCGAUGGAUUGAGGGUAUUCAGGGCAUUGCUAAUGUUCCUCUGCUCCUUGUUAUCUUCUUCUACUUCCCUGAGACCCGUGGUGGUGUCGCCCUUCAUAAGCGAGCCAAGGCUCUUCGACAAGCUACUGGUGAUGAGCGCUACGUCUCUGCUGGCGAUAUCCUGACUCCCAGUCUUCAGGCUAUGCUGAAGGCUAGUUCCGUCAAGGCUAUUCACAUGUUGGUUACCGAGCCUGUCGUCUUCGCCUUCGGUCUCUGGAUCGCCUUCUGCUGGGCUGUUGUCUUCCUCUUCCUUUCCGUUAUCCCCAUCACCUUCCAGGAGCACCAUGGCUGGGGCGAAGGUGUCAGCGGUCUUCCCUACAUCUCUCUCUGCAUCGGUACUACUCUUGGCUGGUUGGCUCAUCACCUCCAGAUGCGCAAGUUUGACCGUCUUGUCGCCGACCCCAACAUCAAGGUCACUCCCGAAGCCCGUCUGUACGGCGCCAUGUACGGAGCCGUCUUCCUCCCCAUUGGUCUCUUCAUCUACAGCUUCACCCAAUAUUCUCAUGUCUCUUGGGUUGGCCCCGCCAUUGGUCUUGCUCCUAUUGCCUUUGGUAUCUACUUCGUUUUCGAGAGUACCUACAGUUAUACCGCUGAUUGCUAUGGUGAGAGCUCUUCUUCUGCCAUUGCUGGUCAAGGUCUUAUGCGAAACACUCUUGGCGCUGUUACGCCUUUGUUCGCCAAUGCUUUCUUCCAUAAUGUCGGAAGUCAGUAUGCUGGUCUCAUUCUUGCCUUGUUUGGUACUGUGCUGAGCUUGAUUCCUUUCGUCAUGUUUAAGUAUGGGUAUAAGCUCCGAGCUCGCAGCAAGCUGGCUAUUGAGAUGUAAUUCUGCAUGUAUGAUAGAGAAUUCGUCAAUGAUCUGGAAUGAAAUAAGAAAUAGAUAGCAUUGAACUAUAGAAUAUUUGUUAAUGAAACUGCAUACAUGAGCUUUAUGAUAGCUUGAAGACAUGUGAAUAAAGAAUUGGAAAGCCUUAUUGCGACAAAAAGCGAUUAUAAGUAGGUAGCUUGGUAGUGAUGGCGAAGAAAGAGUCUAGGAGAGGCAGGGGUUCGUUGUAUGCAAAGUUUGUUUUUGAGAACGCAAUAAGUAUAUAAGCUUGCCUGCAAUUGUUUCCCCCAACAACAACACGAGG